AUGAAUAAGACUACUAUAGCUCAGCCGGCGAUCGCAGCAAUUCAGAUCGCGCUAGCCAGAACAUUGAUAUUGUACGGUAUCGUACUAUACAGUUAUGUGGGACAUUCGAUCGGAGAGAUUGCCGCGGCCCAUAUCUCUGGCGCAAUAAGCCUAGAGGAAGCUGUGGCCGUGAUCUAUUUUCGGUCUCAGAUUCAAAGUAAAGCCGCUGGGGAGGGCUCAAUGUUAGCCGUAAAGAUCUCAGGAAAAGAGGCUGACAAGUUACUUCAGCGCUUCCAGAUUGAUGAUGGAGUGGAGAUCGCAGGUUUCAAUGGCCCAAAAAUGACUACUCUUACAGGCAAGGUUACCGACCUGGAGGGAAUCGCAAACGACCUGGAAUACCGUAACAUAUUUGCUCGUUUUGUCAAAGUAGAUACCCCUUAUUACAGUCGCUUCAUGGAUCCGCUAAAAGACGAGCUUGUCACGGCCUUAUCUCCAAUUAGGGGGAAACGUACUGAAAUCAACCUCUACUCCACCGUUACAGCAUCCGUCGGGUCAGGGGCGCAUAUAAACGGGGAUUAUUGGUUUAGGAACAUACGGAACCCGGUUCGCUACGUAGAGACAGCUUCUAGAAUGAUUGAGGACGGCUUGAACUUUUUGGUAGAGGUCGGGCCGCACCCAGUGCUGAUCUCCGGAACCAAGGAUAUAGCAGAGGCUGCUAAACGGCAAAUCCACCUGUUUCCUGCAAUGGUCCGUAAGAAUGAUGUUGACCCACUCUCUUGUGUCGUCGGUUGUGCAUACGCAGUUGGCCUCCCUGCUCAUCUAUCAUCGUUCAAUGGUGGGGAUGGCCAUUUUAUUGACCUGCCGCUGUAUCCUUUUCAAAGACAAGAGUACUGGUUCGAGCAUCCCAAAUAUGAGCAGGCCCGGCUAGCAGAGUCACGUCAUCCAUUUAUGGGAGACUCGACCAGCCUGACUGAUGACGGACGGGGCGUGUUACAUCUUCGACUCAACACCGGCGUUUCACCAUUCCUAACGGAUCAUGUAGUCGAUGGAGCAAUUGUGUUCCCGAUGACUGGACAGGCUGAGAUGGCAUACCUGGCGGCAAGCAAAUAUCUGCCUCAUCAGAAGGUUUGGUUGGAGGAUAUUCAACUUGAGCAGCCCGUCGUUCUAGCGGCGCCAGAAGACUUUCCUACCCAGGUAAUGCUUGAAAUCACUAGUCCUGCCAAUGACUUCAUUAUAAGCACUAAACAGGCCAAUGCAAACCCGACAAAAACCGGGAAAGUCUGCACCCGAGCUCGGAUUAACGCGCGCGAUCAGCCACCCGAGACGAAUCCAGAAGCCCUGGAGAGCGUAAGGGUCCGUCUUCAGUCAGAGACUGAAGUUGACAUCAAAGCCUUCUACCAGACAGUCGAGCAGGCAGGCCUUCGCUAUAGAGAAGCAUUCCAAUGCAUCAAAAAGCUUUGGCGACUGGGCGAAGAAGUCUUCUCAAUGGUCGAGCUACCCUCUUCGUUGGCUGAAGAGGCAGUACGGUUUAAAAUGCAUCCGGCUUUGCUCGACGCUUGUCUUCAUACAGUGUUUGCUUAUCAAUACUACGUUUCCGACCCUAGCUAUAUGUAUUUACCCAGUUAUAUCGGAACGUUCGUCUUGAUGAAUGACUACCCUAUCAGAACGGCCUUCGCGCAUAUCCAGAUGCAUCGUCAUGACACUAAAGUCCUUGAGUGCGAAAUAUCGGUCUAUGGAGAGGGUGGUCAGCUCGUUGCGAAGCUGACUGGCUGCGUAUUGACGCGUCUCCAGGGCAAAUCAUCAUUUAGGGAGGUAGAAUACCAGGUACAAUUCUACCAAGAGAGAGAGAGGGAGGAGCGACUGAGCAAAGUAGAGGCGGACUAUAAAUAUGUCUUGCUGGUGGACCCAAUAGGCGAUCAGUUCCACUGGCUUGGAUCUGUGAUCCAAAAAACGUUUCCUAGUUCACGCGUUUACCAGAAGGAGUUGGAUGCACUGGAGGCCGCCUGGGAACCCGCUCAAUGGGGAUUCAAUUUAGAUCGGCGGGCACUCCUUGUCAUGCCGGCAUUAAUGUCGGGACUACCAGAGACGCAUCUAUCCAGCGGUCUGGAUGCUGGGGCGUAUAUGACCCCCGAGGAUACGGGAUGCAAUCCCUUGGCCUUUUCACUGGAGGCAGCUGCUCGUGUUAUCUCAAAUGAGCUGCCUUUCGCCUCGAUUCGCAUAAUCGAUCUCGCCCUUGACCUGAUCGACCAGCAGAUUUCAUCUCUAGAGGCAGAGUUGCGAACGGUUAGAGUAGGUCGCCAUAAAACAGUAGUUGCGUUUCGCUCAAAAGGCUGUUUCGCAAGGCGGGUAGUACCUCUUGAUGUAGAUCAGGAAGUGAAACGGAAUCAAAGGUCACUCCCUGCACGAGGAGGAAAGUACCAAGCAGAGCCAGACGCAAGCGGUUCGUUAGAUAACGUUAUUCUCCGACAGCAGUCCUUCUCCAAGUUGGAUACCGAUGAAAUUGGAAUUGAAGUUCAUGCGGCGGGUUUGAAUUUCAAGGACGUUAUGAAUGCAAUGGGCCUCCUGGGCAAUCGAGCAGCUUCGGGUGGUUUGACUGGCCGGAAUCUAGGCCUGGAGGUUUCCGGGCGAGUCAUAGAGGUCGGUCAGAAUGUGAGCGGCAUCCAGUGCGGCAAUUAUAUUAUGGCGCGAGUCUCCAAUGGCAUUGCAGGGUAUGCUGUUGGUAAGGAAGAUCUCGUUCUAUCAAUUCCUUCGUCUCUUUCUGUUGCUCAGGCCGCGUCCGUCCAGAUCACCUUUUUUACAGCGUACUACGGCCUCGUGUAUCUCGCGCGGCUCACGGCCGGAGAGACCGUUCUGAUCCAUUCAGUAGCUGAUGGCGUAGGUAGCGCAGCGAUCCAAAUUGCGAAACUCGUUGGGGCUCGUGUGUACGCAACGGCUGGAACACCUUCUCGACGAGCCGAGGUAGCUACCAUAGGAGCUGAAACAGUCUUCGAUUCUCGUUCUCUAUCGUUCCAUGAUGAGGUUAAGCGGGUUACAGACGGCCGGGGUAUUGAUGUCUUGCUGAAUUGUCUCGCCGGAGCUAUGUUCUCACAGUCAGUGGCGUACCUUGCCCGGUUCGGGCGGUUCUUAGAAAUUGGCAAAACAGACAUCUAUCGAAAUAUAAGGAUGGGCCUGGAGCAAUUCGGACAGAAUAGUUCCUUCUUUGCCAUAGACGUGGACCGGUUGGCGGGACAAAAGCCAGCUUUACACCGUCGGCUCAUAAGCGAGGUGUACAAGCUAUUCAAUAACGGUUAA